AUGAUCAAAGAUUUUGGAGGACUAUAUUGCAAGGAUCAUCAAGCUAUUGGUGAAUGGCUUUUGGAAGAAAGCAAAGCAGGGCGUCUUCGAUAUGGGUCUGUAAAGCAAGUUGCAGAGUUAUUUCACACUUCGGAAAGUACGAUCAAACGAAUUUGGAGACAAACAAGAUUAUCUCUUGAUAAUGGAACUAUAUUAAAUCUUUCACCGAGACUUGUUGGUACAGUUGGGAGAAAACGAAUUCAAAUCGAUUUUAAUCAAAUAAAAGAAAUUCCUCUUUAUCGUCGAACAAAUAUUCGAUCUUUAGCAUAUGCGGUCAACGUGUCAACAUCAACUCUUUUUCGACGUAUCAAAGAAGGUGCUAUAAGGGCGCACACAAAUGCUAUAAAGCCUCAUCUGACAGAGAAUAAUAAAAAGGUAAGGGUUCAAUUUUGUUUAUCAAUGCUUGAUCCGGAUACUCUUCAUUCGAAUCCAAAAUUUUCAGAUAUGUUCAAUUAUGUUCACAUAGAUGAAAAAUGGUUUCUUCUAUCUAAGAAAUGUGAACGGUACUAUCUCCUCCCAGAAGAACUAGAGUCUAAUCCAUAUAGAUCAUGUAAAAGUAAGAACUUCAUCACCAAAGUUAUGUUCAUGGCUGUUGUUGCACGUCCUAGAUUUGAUCAAAAUGGAGUUGAAUUGUUCUCGGGAAAAAUAGGGAUCUUUCCUUUUGUGGUCAAGGAGGCAGCCAAGCGGAAUAGCAAAAAUCGAGCUACAGGAACUUUGGAAACAAAACCUAUUUUAUCUAUGACUAAAGAUAUCACAAGGAAUUGCUUGAUCGAAAAAGUUCUUCCAGCAAUUAGAUCAAAAUGGCCAAUUUCAGAGUCAAAUACUCCCAUUUUCAUCCAACAAGAUAACGCAAGACCUCAUAUUGAUAUAAAUGAUAUGGAAUUUAACGAAGCUGCUCGAGAAGGUGGAUUUGAUAUCAGACUUUGCUUUCAGCCUCCUAAUAGCCCGGAUUUAAAUGUUUUAAAUCUUGGAUUCUUUAGAGCCAUUCAAUCUCUUCAAUAUCAAAAGGCUCCUUUAACCAUUGAUGAGUUGAUAAAUGCAGUUGAAACAUCUUUUAACGAAAUGAAAUGGGAGCGACUCAAUCACGUGUUUCUAACUUUGCAAGCUUGCAUGAUUGAAGUGAUGAAAGCUAAAGGAGGGAACAACUAUAAAGUGCCACACAUGAUGAAAGAAAGAUUAGAACGAGAAGGAAAUCUUCCGAUUCAACUUUCUUGUGAUAUUGACAUUGUCAAUGAAGCUAAUGCUCUGCUUCAAGUGUGA